CCAAUAAUUUCAAGAAAAACUCUUAGAAGGUCAAACAAAAAUUAAGAAUGUGCGUGAAAAAAAAUUAAUUGCAAAAAAAAAAAAUCGUUUCAAAAGUGAAACUUACUAUACGAAUCAACUUAUUAAAAUGAGUAAUAAAAGUAUUUGUAUUUAUUAUGUUUGACUCCACGUAUUUUUCUUUUCAUUUUCCUUUGUUUCAUUCUCACUGCUCAGAUUUUUGCUCUCGCUACCAGAUUUGCAGUUUCACUUCUCGGCUUUCUCCUUUGCGCUGCGUGAGGUUUUGAUUGCAAUUCUGGCCCAACCCUCUCGGGUGGGUGGGACAUAAGAGAAGUGCUCUCCCAUUGGACAGUGUGAUCCUGAAUGACAGUUUGUGACCCGGAACCAGAAGUGACGCUGUCCCGCGAUUUUACUUGUUCCUCACGGGUCUUAGCGCCACCCACGUUCAUAUUUCCCCUGUGUACUGUGGAUCAAAGUGAGUAUUGAUCGUUUAUUUGAUAUUUUCUUGGAAACCCUGAGUUAAAACCCUUAAGUAAAGCCAAGUCAGGCAUUAACCAGACGUUAGAUCGAUAGCUACCUAGCCAAAGUGCUAGCCAGUACCCGAAUGCUUUAGCAGGGCUUUGGUUGGUCACCUGCCAGUCUAAGCGAGGAACGGUAUCAUAACUAAACCAGCGCAUAUCACCCACCCCCACCCCUGCGUGUGCAGCCUACAUUAAUAAUCUUGUUGAUUAGCCAUAGAAAUCUGUGCAAAGUCAGAGAGUUUGUAGCUACUGGAGCUAACCUGUGUUUUAACUCUGCCAACAGAGGGUGUUAUAUGUGUUAGCAGGACUCUGCUGACAUGCAAUCACAGGAGCAAGUGCGAGAGGAACUCCUCCAGAGGAUUCGGACAAGAUUUAGCUUGGUUCUCAGAAACGAGUCUCUCGAUUUGGAUUACCUUUUGGAUGUUACUCAGCAAGAGUAUUCUUUGGCGUCAAUGGCAUCUCAUCAUCUCAAUAUCCCAACAGAACUUUUGAACGGUCUCUGGGACUUGAUCAACAUUCUCAGCUUGCCUGUUCAAUCAUUGGGAGGAGACUCAACUAAUGCAUUGGACAUUGUUUCUGUUGCUGUGGGAAAUCUGGGACGCCCUCGUCUUGAAAUACAGUCUGAUGAUCUUAAACAUCUACUUUCCACUGCACUUCCUUUAGAACAUUUGGCCCAAUUGUAUGGUGUUUCAAGAAGAACACUUAACAGGCGGAUGAAAGAGCAUGGCCUGUCUGUUCGUGGGUGCUACUCCAAAAUAUCUGACGAUGAACUUGAUGUUCUUGUGAGGUCCAUAAAAAGUAGAAUGCCCCAUGCUGGGUUUAGGCUGAUGAAAGGUGAGCUGUUAGCCAGAGGACACCGGGUGCAGUGGCAUAGGGUUCAGGCUGUGAUGCACCGGGUAGAUGGAGCUGGAAUUUUGGCUAGAAUGAUACAACUUGGAUUUGUAGCUCGUAGAAGUUACUGUGUUCCUGCGCCAUUGUCCUUGGUUCACAUUGAUACCAACCACAAAUUAAUCAGAUAUAACAUUGUGAUAUUUGGUGGGAUUGACGGCUUCUCAAGAAAAAUCAUGUACCUCAAUGCUGCCGCAGACAACAAAGCCUCAACUGCUUUUUCUUUCUUCUUGGAUGGUGUUGGAAAACAUGGAUGGCCCUCGAGAGUUCGAGGCGAUCAGGGGGUGGAAAAUGUGGACAUUGCCCGAUGCAUGUUUUCUGUUCGAGGCUUUGGGCGUGGCAGCUUCAUUGCUGGCAAAAGUGUCCACAAUCAAAGGAUCGAGAGGCUGUGGCGUGAUGUGUGGUCAGCUGUCACCUGCAAAUACUACAAUGAACUGCACACAAUGGAAGAAGGGCAACUGAUUGAUCUAUCAGACGAGAUACACCUUUUUUGUGUCCAUUAUGUGUUUCUGCCACGGCUGAAAUCCGACUUAAAGUGCUUCCUGCACAGCUGGAACUUCCACCCUAUCAAAACUGAAGGCAACCUUUCUCCAGAGCAGCUGUGGCACAUUGGGAUGCUCCAAACGCCUGUUGAGGAGCCAAAUGUAGAGGCAGUGGAGCAUCUUUUCCAGGAUUACAGCUUUUAUGCUGACCUAGAGGAUGGAGGGGUUGUGGUGUCAGAGAUCCCUUCUCCUCUCUCAACAGAGAACCUUGCUGUCCUUCAGGGAUUAGUAAAUCCAACCACAUCUCCUCUGAGUGACCAAGAGCUUUAUGUCCAGACACUUCAACUGGUGCAAAUUCUGCGUUCAGUAAAUAGAUAAUAAGUCCUUCAUAAUGUUUGAUUCCACUAAAAUGCUGUUAGAAUAUUGGAUUAAUUGUUGUUGGCUUGUAUUUUGUGUUUUUAAUUAACUGAGCUGUUCAAACAUAAUGACUGCGCAUUAAAUGUGAAAAUACCAUUGAAAAA